GCGAGAUUUAGAAGCUCUGGGCAGCGGGACAUAGACUGGGGCGGAGCCUGGCUUCUCAAAACAGGGUCUGCUGGAGGCGGGGUCUCAGGGUACGGGGCUAGGGACUGAGGGCGGGGUCUGGAGGCGGCCGAGGAUUGUGGGGCGGGCUUUAGGGAGGGGCCUGGUGGUGUGGGGGCGAGGCCAGGACGUGGGUUGGGCAGUUUAGGGCACAGGGGUCUUAGACCCAGCGGUUUGUGCAAGCCGGGUCCGAGCACACUGGGCCAGAGCCCACUGAAGUCACGCCCCUCCCCCGCCCAGACCACGCCCAAGUCCCCACCAAACUCCUCCCCGAGGCCCCCUUGGGCUCUAUUUCCUCCCCUGUGGGUGGAGGCUCAGUGGCGAGCGCAAUCCCUCGGUCCAGCGCCGUCAGCCGCGUGUCUACGGCAUCUUCGGGUUUGCUGAUUUCCACCCUGCCUGGGCCUCCACACAUCCGCUUGCACCCCAGGCCAAGACCAGCCGGACUCGGCCCCAAGCAUGUUGUUCAGCUUCAGUGAGUGGCUGUGGCAGGAGAAGUACUGGUUACCACCCAACAGCACAUGGGCACAGCUGGAGGACCGAGAUGGCCUGGUGUUCGCCCACCCUCACCACAUGCUUGCUGCCUUGCCAGUGGCUUUGGUCCUGGUGGCUGUGCGUAUCGUCUUUGAGAGAUUUGUGGCCUUGCCCCUGAGCCGGUGGAUGGGUGUGCGGGAUCAAAUCAGGAGGCAGAUGAAGCCCAACCCAGUGCUGGAGAAAUACUUCCUCAGGAUGGGGCAGAGACCCGUGGAGACCCAGAUGGUCCUCCUGGCUGCCCAAUGUGGUCUCACACUACGGCAGACUCAACGCUGGUUCAGGAGACGUCGGAACCUGGAACGUCCUUGCUUGUCCAAGAAAUUCUGUGAAGCUAGCUGGAGGUUUGUCUUCUAUCUGUGUUCCUUCGUGGGUGGCAUCUCUGUCCUCUACCAUGAGCCAUGGUUGUGGACACUGUCUUUGUGCUGGGAAAAUUACCCACAGCAGACCCUGAAUCUGGCCCUGUACUGGUGGUAUCUUCUGGAGCUGGGCUUCUACAUUUCACUGCUAAUCACUCUGCCCUUUGACAUUAAACGCAAGGAUUUCAAGGAGCAGGUGGUGCACCACUUUGUGACCGUGGGGCUGAUAGCUUUCUCCUACAGCUCCAACUUGCUGCGCAUUGGCUCCGUGGUGCUGCUGCUGCAUGAUUGCUCCGACUACCUGCUGGAGGCUUGUAAGAUGUUCAACUAUUCCCACUUUCGGCGAGUGUGCAACGCUCUCUUCAUCAUCUUCUCCUUAGUCUUCUUCUACACUCGCCUCAUCUUCUUCCCCACCCAGGUCCUCUAUUCCACUCUGUUUGACUCCAUGAAGAACAUGAGUCCCUUCUUCGGCUACUAUUACUUUAAUGUGCUCCUGGUGAUGCUGCAGAUCCUUCAUGUGUACUGGUUCUGUCUCAUCCUGCGCAUGAUCUUCAGUUUCCUGUGGAAGGGUCAGAUGGCAAAGGACAUUCGUAGUGAUGCAGAAGAAUCAGACUCCAGUGAUGACGGGGCAGUUCCUGAAAGUCCUCAACUGAAGAACGGGGUGACUCGAGGGUCUGGCCCAGCCAUCGCCAAUGGCCCACGGAGCCGGGCAGCUGGGCGUCUGGCCAAUGGGCACACCCAGUCCACAUAGACAACCUAGGACUGACAUUGAGGGUUGCCCUCCAGCAUUGUGGAUGGAUAUCCAGAUGCUGGGCUGGUGACCCUGGGAGAUAGGGAGGUCCUCCUCAAGGUAGGAAGAGGACUGAUGAUCUGUUUCCAGCACUUCCCUUUUUAUCUCGUCUCCCUUUAUCCCUUUGAGCAACUGGACAGAGCCUGGGGAGCAGUGGACUCUGCAUUUGGUCAGAGCCACCCUCAGGUUGUAGCCUGGGGGCUGUGGGGAGCCUUGGCUCAUAGGACCAAUAAAACUUCAACAGAGAUGAA